UGUACCAGUUCCCCGGAUGUAAAAUGGCGUCGAACCAGACGAAUGUAGUGGCAUAGAAGUCUGUGAAAAUUUGCAGGAACCCAUCUCAUCUCGUUUCUUUGCAUUGCAUUUUGCUAUUGUUCUAUAGCAUUAAUGGUAAUGCAUGCAAGGAAACAACCCAGACUCAAUGAUGGGUAUGCUGACCGAAAAGACGCCCAUCUGCAUCAGGACAUGCAGUACCAUAGCAGUCUAUUUGCCAACGACAGUGAUGACGACAGACCCAUUAGCAGCCGUGUUAGUCCCAGAUAUCAGAACAAGUCCUCUUAUAUUGAGAGAAAUAAAGAGAAAAGAGGUUCCCUCAGCCUGGCAGAGGAAAAGGUCAGUCACUACUUGGCCACAGGCAGCUUGGGUCGACCAAUCUCACUUGAGUCCAGUUUCUCAAUGCCGGGAGGGGAGCAAAGCGGAGGCGGAGGAAUGGAUCGCUCAUCUUCCAGCAGCCACAGAGACAGAUCAGCAAGCCAGAGUGGAGGCGGGGGUGGGGGAUCCCAUCGAGACUACAACAGCCACUCAAAGUAUUCAGGUGGAGAACACAGGGCUUCGUCCUCUUCGUAUCAUCCUCACUCUUCUGCAGCAGAGCAGCAGCCAUCUAAAGGAUCAUCUUACCAGCAGGGAGGCGAUGCCAACAGCCACCCGGAAAGGGACAAAGCUCCAUCAGCAACUAAUAAUGGGAAGCAAUCGACCUCUAGCAAAGAACACGGGAAAGACAAAGAGCAAGUGCAAAAGUCUGCCAUUCGAGUGUGUGGGGACUGGUCAGAGCACAUCAGUAGCUCAGGGAAGCGGUACUACUACAACUGCAAGUCUGAGGUGUCUCAGUGGGAAAAACCUAAGGAGUGGAACAGUGAAAUGUGUAAAACACCAGAUCACAGAUCAAAAGAUGGACGACCAAAAACACUUGCCUCUGCCAACAAAAUCAGUGACAAUAGAGCCUCUCGACAUUCCAGCUCAAGCGAGCACCACGAGCGAGCUCAUGGUCACCGAGGGAACAACACAGACAGCGGCGACCCCCAGCACCGGGGAGAGACUCCCUCUUCUGUCGUGCGCAAUGACUUGCACAGCAGCCAGCACGGCAACAGAGAGCACAGCAGGGACAGCCACAUGUCCAGGGAGAACAGCCGAGACAACAACUCUGGCUCACGAGACCCUCACAAAUCAAACAUGGACAGAGGACGACUUGCUGAGAGUUCGUCCACUAACUCCUACCACCAUCACAGCGGAAUGUCCCGCUCAGGGUCCACUCCCGGUAACGAAGACUCGCAACAUAUGGACUACAAGCGUUCUCAAACGGAGGGUCAUGUAUCCUCAUCACAGCAUGGAGAUUACAAAAGGACUGGUGUUGAAAGUUCUCGGAGAAGGCGUGCGGAUAGCCAAACGUCUCAGAGAUAUCACGACACUGGGCAGGUUCCAAUAGAUGACAUGGACAUUUCCCCCUCCCCCUCUCCCUCUCCAUCCUCAUCACGACCUUCCUCGGUGACAGGCACCCCCCAGAUGCCGGCCACCAGCACACCAAUCGCGACUGCCACCACCCCUGCCCACAACGCUAACAGCACCCCUGGUGGGCAGCGGGCGGCUUCCCCUCAAGGCUGUCCCAUCCCCACUUUGGUCAACAGGCAAGCUGUCACAGAGGGAGGAAAUUAUGACAAAAGCAAAACUAUUCAGACACUUCAGGAGUUGCAAAAAGCUUUGAGUAUGCACAUACACAGGGCUCAACAAAGUACCACAACAGGCCAAGGCCCAGUGGUACCUGGAGCAGGGCUACUCAGCACUCCCAUGGCCACCCCGAUGAGUGCCAGUUCCCUGAUAUCCUUGCACCCUUCGACCUUUCCUUCGGGCUUGCUACCGAUGGGCCCACAGGGACAGCCGAUGAUGCCCACAGCUCUUGGGGAAGAGAAUGUUGGAGGUCGGGCGAGUCCGGUCUCAGAUACCAGUUCUCAAAGCUCUUGUGGUAGUCCAACACCGAGUGACAGUAGCUCUCAGAAUGCUGCGGUGAACUCACAAGCCCUGACGGCGGCAGCCAUGAAGCGGGAGGAAACGGCCAAACUGACAGCCUCACUCAGCAACUACUACAAUGAGAAGCUGAUCGGCCAUGUGUUGGGCUGGCAAGCAGAUGGUGUGGAAAAGCAGGCGCUGAAGCACUGGGAGGAGUCAAUGAUGAUGGGCAGCCAUCAGUGCAGCAAGGUGUCUGUGGAGCUGAAACGGGCUCGUUCUCAGGUCCGCAUCGCAGAAAUCCAGUCUACUCUUCACGAACAAAGGAUUAUGUCGUCGGACCAGCAGCGGCAAGAGAUUGAGAAUCUGAAAACUCCUUCAUCGUUCUUACCUUCGUGACAUCAAGUGUAGUGAGGAGGAGGGUGGGACGUUGGACACAACUAUAUGAUGUACUGGGAUCAGAGUGACUCUACGAUGUGUGAUAUAUCAGUUGGCUGGUGAUUGCUUGCUCUGUGAAUGUUGCUGGAUGGACAGUUUGUGAUGUUGGGUAUCUGUGAGGUGAAUGAAACUGAACUACUAAUAAUAUGUUCUUUGAUGAGAGGCUGCUGGUUUGAGAGGGAAUGGGUGGGUUGGGGUUGUUACUUUUUCUUUGCUCGUUAUAGGAGUGACUGAAAUGUUAUUAUAGAUUUUGAUUUUAUUUUUCUCUGUCGUUUUACUUGGAAUUCAUCUGUUCUAUUAUUUGGCUAGACUGUGCCAUGGCUUUCGCAGUGUUUGGGUCUUUGCUGGUUUCCUUUUGUUGGAUAUUGUUUCAAUAUUACUUUAAGCCGUGCAACACUUUCAACAUUUGCUUUCUCCAGUUUGUACCUUAGCAUGAGUCUCCUCAAGUGCACCCAGGUUUCUUUCCAGAUGAAUGUCUUUUGUUCGGUAGUUUUGUAUGUCUCUUGUGGGCCUACUUGGUUCAAGAAAAUGAAAUCAGGACUUCUUUUUUCUUUCUACUCUUGAUGAUAGUCCUACUAUUGUGUGCAAUAUCUAAAUUCUUAAGUGGCUCCUAAUUACUGUUGCUGCGUCAAAUGGUCCAUGGUGCAGUGCUACUUUGAGAAGUUGUUUGAAAUCUUAGUUGGUCAGCAGCACUGGAACAAUCCGGCCCUUGCAAUUACUGUGAUGUGGCACGGGAAUAAAGUUUUGAACUUCUGUUAUGUUUUGCUUCUCUCGGAUCUUAUUUUUUCUUGUUUGUCUGUUGUCUUGCUUAUUCCUACUGUUUUCUUCCCAUUAUGAAGUUUGUGCACUUGACUCUGAACUCCUAAACUCUGUAAGAAGUCGACCUUGUCAAUGAGGCCAUUCUGGAUUUCAGGGCCUACUGCUUUUUUCUUUUCUUUCCUUCGAGAUGACAAAGUUUCAAGCAUUCACUCCUGGAUUUAUUUUUCCACAAUAUAGCUGACACGCAACAUGCUACUGGACGAGCACAGCACAGAUAUACACUGUAUUUAUAAGGCAUUCUGCCUGUGACCUGUAGAUAAUGACUGCAUGCCCAUGUACACACUGAUACAAAUGUAGCUCUUAGCUUAUAGCAGAGUUUGCACUUUGAUGAGCUUAGUUCUCAGUGUAAAUAGUUGUCUUGAAAGUCAAUGACCUGACCAGUUUUGGUGGAACUUCAUCGCGACACAUUUGAACCUGCCUGAGGAGCCAGCCAUCUGUACAUGAAACAACUUUUUAUUGACUCUACCGUUUAAUUUUUGGUGGUGCAAUAUCUUUGUAAUGGGGAGAAAAAACUUUUCAGAAUGUGUGUUUUCUUUAGAAAUGGGAAUUGGAUUUUAUAUUUCACUUUAGAAAAACAUCUGUGAGAAUAAAUGUCUUUUGUUUAUGAGAGGAAAACUUCUGCAAAAUUGAAUAAUUACAUUUUGUUGUUGGUGGGAGUCAUUUCUGGAAAUACUUUUUUAUAAAUAGCAUGAUUUCAUGUCAUUGUUUUUAAAAAGACAAAAGAAUAUUAGCUCUUCUGUCCUACUAGCAGAUAUCUCAAGUACGUACAAGUCAUCUAGUGACAGUAUGAAGCCAAACCAGAUACAGGAUAUACUUCCCCUAAAGUGGCAACGAAAGAAUGUUGCUGGUAGAAGAAAAUAAUUUUUAGUUUGAAACUUGAAAAAAUUGCAAUAAUGCACAAGAGCGCAGUUGAAAAGGAGACAUGGUGCAGUUUAAUAAAAACGAAACGAUCUGAAACAUAAUGAGAGAGAAGAGCAAAAGGCAAGUCCACAAUAGUUUACGAUCUUCACGAAAUUCAUUCCGCUCUUUUUAAACAAGUUGUAAAUAUUUCACUCUCUAAGCAAUGAUUGCAAAGCAGAUGUUCAGAGGGCUCGGGUCUUGCCCAGUUUGACUGAACAAAUACUGGUGGCUUUGAAAAAAAGUUUUGACCUUUUUUUUAAAAAGGUUCCUAAGUUUUAUCACAUUUCGGGCAAAGGUUGACAUUAAAGUUAGUAGUGUAUAACCAGUUCAUAUCAGUCAGCUACGGAUUCCAUCCUUUUUUAAUGGCUGAAAGUUGUUUUUUUAAAAAGAAAGUGACAUUUAUCAUGCUGACGUUACGGAUUAAGACAGAUACGGGAUUUGGAACACUCUGUCCUCUUCUUCAUAAACUUUUGCUAACAUUUCGUCGGAUAAGGGUUGUUGAAUAAUUACUGACCUUUACCUCUCUGUUUCCUUUUUAUUUGGCAUGUGUUUCAUCCUGUUGGUUUUUUUAAUACUUUUUUGCUUCCUUCAUGUCCUAAGCAUUGAUGGUGCUUUGGUUGGGCUCUUCACCAUUGUGCACAGAAAAUGAGUUUGAAUCCAGUGUUUGGAGGUUUCUCUAUAGAGUAUCUCUUCUGGGACAUUGUAUCUCUCACACAGGGUUGGCCAUGAUAGGCAAGGUCGAAGCUGGCCGCCGUCCUUAAAGAUCUAAAUUUGGUUGAUGAGGGCGUAACACUAUUAGUUUAUUCCUCCCCAAAGCUUGGAAGUGUCCUGUGAGGUUAGUCCUGUUCACCAGCUGUGGGAUGAGUAGGUCUCGGAGGAGCCUUUCUGUACAGACAGGUGUUGUGUUGUGUCUGGCUCAGAGUCGAGUCUGCUGGGAUUGCGAUGGUUAAAGGUUCUUUGACAUUUCUAGCUAGUACUGUUAGAUUAUAAUGAUGGUGGUUGUCAUCAGUCAAGACCAAAUAUUUUCUGUUGGUUAAGUUUGACUCUAUAUUUUGCGUUACUUUUUCUGCUCCUUUGGUAUCUUUUAAAUUUUUAUUUUAUUUUAUUUUUUCUUUGUCGUAGUGCAUGCUUCAUCUUGUUGUUGACUAGAACAUGAAAUGUUGGCACCCCACUGUUGUUGAUGUUGGAAUUUUACCUCAGUUAUUUAUUUAUGACGUGUCUGCAUUGAUCCCAUUCGUAAAUGCAUUAAGGAGAGCUAUGUGGCCUAAGACAAAGGGUGGUAAAGUGCACUUUUCUCAUUGAUAUUUCAUGCAUAGCAUUCGAAGUUAUGAAAAUAAGUACUUUCUUGAAUAAGCUGUUUCGGACAAACGCAGCCUGCAUAACAGCGUCUUUGAGGAAAAGCUGGUUGCUUGUUUGAGUUACUCUCUUGAUCUUAUGGCAUCGCUGGGAGGAUUUCAUAGAUAGCUUGACAAAGAGGCGUAGAGUAGACAAAGAGGGCGAGUUUGAGACAGUUGCCAGGUUUUAACUCAAGGAAAAUUUUGUUCUUGGUCAACGUUCCUCCCUGCAGAGAGCUGUGUGGUCUUCAAAGCCAUGUUGUCUUUUGGCAUUGGUUCUGUCGGAUUGUCAGCUGAAGCAGUGCUAUAUUCAUCUCUAUUUACAGCUAAGUAAAUACGUCGUGUUCUAUGAAGGCCAGAGCAUUCCACAUAAUUGGCCGAGGAGUCGUACCUAUAGACUACUUUUGUUGGAAUGUUUUUAAAUACAAAUCCACUUUUUUUUCGUGCAAAGGAUUGUUUUGAUGAUUGACUUGUAGCUUUGCAGCUCGGCUUAAAAGCGCAUCUGAGUGAACAAGUAAACUAUUCCUGUUUUGAGUUGAUUCACAAAGAGUGUUUGUUGAAUGGGCUGUCAUGAAGAAACGGUUUAAGGAAACUCGUGUACAUGCUAUCAAUAGUUCUUGGUUCCCUGUUCCUUUGGAAGUUUAUGUGGUCAAAAAUUCUCUUUAACCAAGUUUGAUUAAAUCGUAUUUUCCAUAAGAGGUUGAUAUAUGUUGUUUCUCAAAAUCGUAAUUUUUGGGAGGGGGAAGGCAGAGAAAUUAAUAAUACUCAACAAAUGUGAUAGCUCAGAGCAAUGUGGGUUUUUGUGUGUUACUUGAACUCUCUUAACUUUUGAGUAUUCUUGCAGAGGAGUCUUUCCUAUUUUAUCAUGGGCCGUUUUCUGUUUUAGAAAUGGAAAUUAAAUUUUUACAGGUCCCUGGGAUUUAAAAAAAAGCCAAGAGCUAGGUUAAUGAUUCUGCUGUGGUAAGAUGAAAAUCUCAAUGUGAAUGAGCAGUUGGAACUGGUUGCUGUUGCAUGUCAAUGUGAAGUUUUAUUAAUUUGUACAUAACUGCUAUUUCCUAUACCCCGUUCCCCACCCUGCUAUUGUUGGGGGGUAUUAUUAUUAUUGUUAUUAUUAUUAUUAUUAUUACUUUCAUUUUGUUUGUUGAUUUCCUGAAAGCCAGGUCCCAUUCAUUUCUGGGGGUUUGUUUUUUUCAUUGGCUACUUUCAUGUAACGGGAAGAAUGUUUUUUUCCGAUUUUGAAAAGGGUGAAACAUCAUCUCUCUAUAUAGUUACUGAUAUUCACUUUUUCACCGAAUGGUUGCUAUGUUUUUUAGACACGGGAUUUACAGAUAUGAAUAAUUGUAUUUUGUAUCACAUGCAAUUGUCACCUUAUGUCCUUUUAUUUGUGUAUGGUUACUAUAAAUAUUAAUUACAAUUAUUGUUUUUAGUGAAUUUGCUUGGCUUUGUCAAUUCAAGCAGAAAUUAACAUUGUGAAUAAAUUACUUCAAACUUCA